CAGCCAACCUGGUGGGCUGCUGAGAUGUCUUCUGUUCUGCCAUUUGACAAUAUCUGCAUAACUGUCAGUGGCUGUUUUUAUGUUUAACUUGUCUAAACUAUUCGAGUUUUGUUUCGUCUAUUUGUACUCUCUCCUUUGGAGAGGCAACACAGUCCCACAGUUUCUGGGAAGAGCUUUAGCUAAGGCAGUUUUUCUCCCAGAAGUAUUUUUCUAGCCUGCAGGUGGGACUUUCCCUCCCUUCUGAAACUUAAGCAACUGUUUUUUGGGGUUUUUUUUUUGUUUGUUUGUUUUUUUAGUAAAAAUUGGUCCCAUGUUAAACAAUCUAGUGCUUAAUGAUGUUGAUUGUGACAUUGUCUCCUUCCUGGUAACAGCAUCCUGUAUGCAAUCUGCAAGCAUGUGAACCCUGAGGGCACUGUUUCUUGCCUUCAAAUGACUGAGUGGUGUCUUCUAUAAAAUAAAGUUCUUUGCUGAUGCGUUUCAAGAGUUGCAAUAUGUGAAUUUGUGCCUCUUUGAUAGCAGUGAGGCAGUUUGGAGCGCUGGCUGUGUGGUGACCAAUUUGUUUGCUGCCUGAGCCUGCUGGGAUGUCAGCAGCAGGGGGGGGGGGGGGGGGUGGAACAGGGGUGCUCUGAAGGUGUGAAGUGCCUCCUCACAGGCACUGAAGUCUCAUGGCUCUGAAGCCAAAGGGGCAUUUCCUAUAAGCUGUGGGGUGAGAGUAACUGCUGUAGAAACCCUAGAAAUAAUGGGAAGCCCAGCCAGGCUUCUUGCUUUUUUCAGUUGUUCUGUAGCCUCUGGACUUACAGCUGGGGGCUUCGUGUGUGCUGUGAGCCAAUGCACAACAGCUAGGCAGUGUGCAGAGGUACCCUACACCAACACUGUGGGGUUGGAUCUGGAGGGUUGCUGGAAUAGCAUGUACUUCCACCCUCUGAUCUGUUCACUUCUCCAGUUUAUUUUUUUGGAAGAGGUUUUGUUUCCUUUUUGAUCGAUGCUCUGGGCUCACUGAAGCAGCUGUAGAGUUAGUGCUGGGUAGCAGACUGUUUGGAAACACCUGCUUUCCCCUCUGCCCUUCAGCACUGAUGGAACGAGCUUCCCCUGCCACCUGCUUGUGGCUGUGCAUUUCCCUCUGCUGCUGUAACACUACUUGUGCUGGAACAGCUGCAGGUAGAUGGGAGCACUCUGAGCUUGCAGGGGCCAGUUCUGGACUUGGUGAGAAUCAUGCAGUGGGGCAGGAAUCACCAGUGUAAUUAAUUGCUUUGCUCACAAGUACUGGCAUCAUUUGUCUGCAAGCAGAGUGAGUCUGCCUGGGACCUGGACCAGUGCUGUGCAGACAGGAGAUGCUGCUGGUGAUUGUGGCACUUUGCAGCAGCCUUGGCCCUUAGCAGAGGGGUUUGGGUGGAUGGGAACAUGAACAAAGAGACCAAGUCUGGCCAUGCACCAAUAUCACCUUGAGUGGAGCCGGCUCCUGCCAAGCAACACCGUGCAGCAGCACAGUUAAUGAUUGAUAACGCCGCUGCCUCAGCUCUGUGCUGCUGCCCAGCUGGAAGCAGCAUGCUGCUGCUGGUGCUCCUGGUGCUGGGGCUGCCAGGUCCUGCUGGGUGCCCCAGGACUGAGCCCCUGAGCGGGAGCAGCGAUGAGCCCCUGUUCCGCGGUGCUGACCGCUAUGACUUUGCCAUCGUCGUCCAUGCUGGCACCACUGAGUGCUUCUGGCAGUUCGCACACCAGAGUGGCAAUUUCUUCUUCAGCUUUGAGGUGCAGCGGGCGACAGGCAUUGCCAACAGCAGGCACAUCCUGGCCACAGCAAAAGACCCCAAUGGCUUCCAGCUCGGCACCUCCCAGGAUGUGCGAGGACAGAUCAACUUCCUGACCAAGGAGACAGGUUUCUAUCAGCUCUGCCUGGACAAUGGGCAAAAUCACUUUGGCUUUAUGCAGGUGUAUCUCAACUUUGGUGUCUACUAUGAUGGCUUCAACAUGGAAAAGGAGCAGACAGAAGAGAGGAAACAGCUGAAUGACACGUUGGAUGCCAUUGAGGACAGCAUUCAGAAACUGUACAUCCGCAUUUUCCACAUGUGGAGGUUCUACAACUUUGCCCGGAUGAGGAAAAGGGCCGACUCCUUCCUCCUCGAGUCCAACUACCACUACGUCAACUGGUGGUCGAUGGCUCAGAGCUGCCUCAUUGUCCUCUCUGGGGUCCUGCAGCUUUACUUCUUGAAGCGUCUCUUCAACGUGCAGAGCUCUGGGAAGCCGAGGUGCUGACAGCUCCCUGACACAGCACAGCCCACAGGAGCAGAGCCCCACCUGCACUCACCCACAGCAGUGACUGAGGGGCUUGCCUGCUCCUCUGCAUCAGCCCCACUGCUUUCCACAGAGCAGGAGGAGAAAACCCAGGUCCUGCCCUGGGGAGGGGGUGGUGUAGCUGGAAGCAGAGCUCACUCACCUCCCACUUU